GUAUUUUGUUUAAGGAAAGUUUUUCGCGUGUGACUAUGGCUGAAGUAGCCGCGGAUAUUGCUGCGACGGUCGCGAAAUUUUCGCCGGAGCAGCUCUAUGAUUUUGUUGGAGAGAUGAAAGCUUGUGUUGACAACAAUGCAGCUGAAGCAGAAGCGAUGUUGAUGCAAAAUCCUGCUCUGAACUACACAUUAUUGGAAGCAUUGAUUUUGAUGGGUCUCGUUGAUUCAGUUUCAGUUGCUGAGCGCCUGAUGGUUACACCAGCAAUUCCACUGCCGGCUGACGACGAAAAAGCCUUGAAACCAGUAGUACAGAUGGAAAUUGAUCUUGUGGAACGUCCGCAGAAGGUUACAGAACCAGUUACUGCUCGAAGUGAUGCCAAGGCUGGCCGCAUCAGCGAUCCUAGGCUCUUUAAUGUACGACGAUUGAGAAAGCCAUUGCCUACACCGCAAACUCCCCCUCCAGAAGCACGUCCAUCGGCUGCCGCUACUCAGGAAGAAGUUGAGAGCAGAAGAUCGAGAGAUCCUCGGUUGGCAUCCAGAGGCAGACAGCCGCCGCCACCACCGGCUGCGGCGCCGGUGCCGAAAGUCGAGACGCCAGCGCAGCCGGAAGCGAAUACUGCAGACGUGGAAGAUGAGCGAACUGCACUCAUCAUGCAGGUGUUGCAGUUGACCGAGGAGCAAAUCGAUAUGCUCCCGCCUGAACAAAGGGAAGGAGUAUUACAGCUGAGAGAGCAGAUUAGGCUACAGAAUGCCGCCGUUUGA